AUCAACAGUUGGCUGCUUGGUAACUUUUGAAUGUACACAAGAAGUUUCUGAAAGAAACGAAACUGUCAUCAGCACAGCUUUGACGUCUUGCGCCAUGCUUUUGAGUGCUGCACGAGCUUGUGUGUGGCAGGUCAUGGAAGGAAACACAGGGUCUAUAAGAUCAUGGGCUUUCCAGAAGGAUUCUGGUUUCUGUAACCCAAGGUGCAGACGGGACUCGUCCAGAGAACUCGAACGCUGGAGUGUCUGCAGCUUCUCAGCCUAGCCCGGCUCAUAAUAACCUAAAUCCGCUUGUUAUUGGCUUGAUUGGGACACUUUUACCAUUUUCUCCUGCGGCCACACCUGUCCUGCAGAAGCGGGGCCGGACCAUAAUGAUCGAGCAGGACGUGUGUCUGGGACAGAUCCUGCUGCUCUGGCGUCAGUCCGGACCAGAGCGAACAGGAGGCGGGUCUCGGCUCCAGAGCAGCGGACGACGACGAUGAAGAGAGAGGUCGCGGCGGCCGUCUUGUUCCUGACCCGGCUGAUCCGGAAGGCGGAGAAGCUGGAGAAGGAGAAGGUGGAGGAGCUGGCGGGGCGCCUGACCGAGGCCCUGCAGGAGAAGUACCGAGGCCACUGGUACCCCGAUAAUCCCAGCAGGGGCCAGGCCUACAGGUGUCUGCGGGUGAGCAGGUGUCAGCCGGAGCCCGAGCUGCAGCGAGCCUGCUGGGAGACUGGGGUGCACUACAGGGACCUGGGGCUGCCGAGGGAGCUCACCCUGUGGGUGGACCCUGGGGAGGUCUGCUGCAGGUUCGGGGAGAAGAGCCACGCCUUCACCGUGGCGACCUUCUCCGGCGCGGGCGAGGAGGACGCGAGGAAGGACGUGGCCCGGACGGUGGCGAGCGCGGUGGAGAGGGUGACGUCCGACUACCACUCGGGCUCUUCCUCGGACGAAGACAGCAGCAGCAGAGACGCCCCACCGGCGCCUCCCUUCCCCCUCCUCCGCCCAGUCUACCAGGUGCCCAACUUCCUGUGCCAGCCGGCGCCGGCCUGGCGCCCCCUGCCCAGGAGGGGGGGCAGCCCGUUCGAAGGCCAGAGCUUCCCUCGGCCGCGGCCCGGCUGCCCAACCCCGGGCAGGGGGGCCUGGCCGUCUCACGGGGGGCGCUGGGCCCUGGCCGGGCCUCGAGGGGGACAGGCCUGCUGGGGCCACGCCCGCUGACCGCCGCCCUGGACCAGCCUCCUCGGAGAGUAUCUUUUUUAGGACGUUUUUUUGUUUUAAGUAUUUAAGCUCUUUGCACUUUAGAUAAUUGUCAUUAAGAAUGUUUAAGUGCAUGCGUGUGUCAGUGUAUUUAUAUAUACACACAGGGAAAAACACUUUGUUUAGGUUGAAAAUGCCUGAAUAUUGUUUUAAAUACUGGAGAGAGAUGUACUGUAUUUAUAUAUUAAUAGGGAUCAGUAUAUAUUAUUAAUAGAAUCAGUGUUGUUCACAGAUUGUUUGAUCUGCUGUUCAGCAGUUUGUUUACAUGAUCAAAUGUUUGUAUUUAUUCACACUAUGAUCUGAUAGAUUUUAUGUCUUGUACAGACAGGUUAAAUUAAGGGAACUUGAAUUUUUACAGUAAGCUUAAAUAAACGUACCAGACACAAAA